AUGCCAUACUAUCUAAAACCAUUCUUUCUCUAUCUUUCCCAAUUUCCAGAAGAUUGGGAGAUUCACAAGAGGAGGUUAAUUCUGAUGUGGAUUGCUGAAGGCUUUGUAUCUCAAGCAUUGAUAAGAGAAGGGGAAGAAACAGUGGAAGAUGUAGGCGAGCAAUACUUGGAAGAGCUUGUCAAUAGUUGCAUUGUUCAAGUGAGCCAAAGGGAUCACACCGGAAUAGGUAUCAAAACAUUUCGCAUUCAUGAUCUGAUGCGAGACAUGUGUGUACUGAUGGCAAGAGAGGAGAAUUUUCUUGGGAUUUCUGAGCUCUACCGACAGAAUAUUGUGACACGUAGAAUUUCUGUUCAUCCUCAAUAUCCCCAGAAUACGCUCGAUUGUAUUCUGUACCCUUGCUACAAUGCAAUCCACCCCUUCGUUCUGUUCUCUACUUCAAAGAGCAACGUGUGGAAGUUGGAAGAUUGGAGACAUUUGCUGAUAGAUUUGCCUAAUGUUCUGGAGCAAUGUCGAAUGGAAACAUUAAGAAACCUGGAAAAUUUGAGGUGGGCACAUCGUGAGAACCUAAUCAGGAAAAAUGCAAUGCAGAAUUUGACGAAUCUUCGAAAUUUAGCAGUCAUUUUCAAGAGGAGCAAAGAAAUUUCUGCAGUUAUGAAAUCUCCAAUUUUUUCAACAGGCUGGCUUCGUUCUUUGAACAUACGAGGAAAGCAAAGCUCAUUUCCAAACUUGGAGCCACUUUCUUACUGUGAAUCUUUAACGAAGCUAGAGUUGCAUGGAAUUAUACCAGAAGAUCCGCAGUCCCUCUAUCACAACUUGGAAUAUCUACCAGCAAGUCUUACCAAGUUAAUUUUGGCUAAUUCCGAGUUAAAGCAGGAUCCCAUGAGUUUUCUAGAGAAGCUGCCUGCUUUGAGGUUUCUGUACUUGGAGGAGAAUUCAUACAAGGGAACUGAAAUGCUCUGCGCUACACAGGGCUUUCCUCAGCUUGAGAUUCUUAAACUUGAAUCUUUAGGAGUAGAAGACUGGAAAACAGAAGAAGGUGCAAUGCCAUCUCUCAAGAUUUUGCAUUUAGAAAACCUGCAGGAAUUAGAAGAUGAUCCCAGAAGGGAUAAAAUUUGUGACAGCCCUCCAAGAAAUGAAAGUCAUUAA